UUUCACGUGUUUUCACAUGUUUGCAUCCAUUCUUUCUCACCCUUCUGAUUGUUCAUUUAAAUGUGAUGUGUAGCCUUUUGUCAUCUUGAAGGCCAUCCAGGUACACUAUUGCAUUGUUUAUAAAAGCAUUGUUUCCUAAAUUUAUGUGUACUCCUAUUAACUGUUAAGUCAGUUUUUACACAAGUUCUUCCUUAUGAUACUAGCCAUCAUUUAUAGUUUUUCCUUGGGGUGAACUUGAGGUGGACUUGUAACAAAUUUAAGUUUUCUUUCCCCCAUAAGAAAUAAUGGAGUAAGUAAUUUAGUUAUACAGUUUUCCUGAUGUUUUCAGGAAUGACUAAGGAUCAAAUAACUGCACUUUCUCCUGAAAUGCUCCAAUAAAAAUGACCCUGCCAUGAAAAUGGGUAAAUGACUGUGAGCAGGUUAACGCUUUAAGUUGCUUCAGAGAAAAGCAUGAGAGAUAGAUUAAUAAUAAAAAUUGGGGUUUAUAUGUGCCUUAAUGAAUGGUUCUGAGAAAAGUGUCAGCUAAAGGAUAAGUGCCAAUGUGAUGUACGUGUUUGACCGAAAGCGGAGUGGAGCCAUGGAGUGUACCGGCAGAGGGCUGAGUCUGAAGGAGGAGCUAACAUGUGCCAUCUGCUGCGACCUCUUCACCGAGCCCGUCAUGCUGGACUGCAUGCACCAUUUCUGCAAGGCAUGCAUCAGCACCUACUGGAAGGGCAUCAGGGGCCGUGUGAGCUGCCCACAGUGUCGCCAGGAGUUUUCCUCGCGACAGCUCCACACGAACUACCUGGUGGCAGGCAUGGUGGAGAAGGUGAGGGCUUGCUCAUCUGAGAGCAACCACAAGGAAUUGCAGAAGCAGCUAAAAGAAUCCUUGCUCUCUCAUCUCUCAAGGAAGGAGAACUACAUGAGCAUGAUCCAAAGAUGUAAAAAGAAGGUGGACGCAGUGAAGGCAGCAGGCAAUGAACUUGAGGGAUGGCUGCAAGGUGAGUUCCAAGUUCUGCACCAGAUGUUGUAUGAGGAGCAGGCUGCCAUGCUGGAGCAGCUGAGGAGGGAGGAGAAGGAGAUGUUGGGGGCCCUGUCCCAGCACCUGGGGGCCUUGAUGGGCGCUGUGACAGAAGUGGAGCAGAAUGUUCGUGUCCUACAGCAGACAAUGGACACUAUGGAGCACAGCUUGCUCCUAGAGACUCCCAAGGUGAAUUUGAGAUCAUCUGUUGAGGUGGGUAAAGUACCUGAAAUAGAUUUAAAAGCUUUUGCUGGCAAAUACAAGGCACCCCUGCAGUAUAUGAUAUGGAGGAAGAUUUUCAAGUUAUUGAAACCAGCCCCAGCUCCAGUUACUUUUGAUGUGGAGACGGCCCACCCAAGCUUGUAUGUGUCACGGGACCACUUGUCUGUAGUGGAAAGUGAGAAAAUGCUCCCUUACAAGCGCAGCCCAAAGCGCUUUGUCCAGUGCGUCAACGUGCUCGGGGCACAGUCUUUCCAGUCUGGCCGCCACUACUGGGAGGUAGAGGUGGGAAACAAGACCAAAUGGGACCUGGGCGUGGCCCUGGACAGCGUGGACCGCCAGGUCCGUGCCAAGCUGUGCCCAGAGAACGGCUACUGGACCAUACGGCUUCGUAAUGGGAACGAGUACUCGGCCGGCACCCAGCCCUGGACCCGUCUCGUGGUGGCCUCCUUCCCCCGCUGUAUUGGCGUGCUCCUGAACUUUGAGGAGCAACGCGUCUCCUUCUACAACGCCGAUAAUAUGCAGCUGCUCUUUUCUUUCAGCAACGGCCCGUGGGGAAAAGCCCUGCCCUUCUUCAGCACUUGCCUCAGUGAACCAGGCCAGAGAGCCCAGCCUAUCAGACUCGUCCACUUUCCUCUGGGCCCUUUGUAAAUCUUAGGGACAUUUGAGGGCAAAACAUUCAUGACACCCAUAAAACAACAACUAUUUGUAAGGAAGGCACUCAGCUUUCUGCUGGUUACUCCAAUGCUGCGGACUGAUACUCACACAGAUAUACCCAGGUGGGUGUUUUGCAUUGUGUGUUCCUGGACAGCCCCACAUGUUUCUGGUUUCCAUUCUUCUUGAGCUACAAUUAUGAACAUGUUCCAUACUACUAUAUGCAAUGAUUAGAGUGUUGGUCUGCAGUAUGUGUACAGAUAAUUACUGGACAUUUUUUAAUGUUCAUAAAGAGGGGCUUUCCUUGUACAUGUUCAAUCAAAUUCAGUUUUUUGAGCAGGCAAAGAAAAUACAUGGCCAUAUUUUAUUUUGUGUUUUAUGGUUUCUUUCAUACAGAUUCUACUUAGGUACAGUAUUACAGUACAGAAUUUUUUUGGACAACGCAUGGCUUUCAGUUAUCAUGCUAUCAUCAUGCUAUGUGUUUUGGGAUGCUCAGGUUUCCUUGUUGACACGUACGUGCAUGCACAAACAAUUGGUAUUCAAAACACUUUUUUUAAUGGGAUCAUACCUUUUAAUCAUUGCAGUUUGAACUGUCUCUGUUCAUGGCUAUUGCACUUUGGUUGUGGAAAUUAGUUUUAAAUAUUAAGCUGCAAACAAAGGAGAUUGUUUAAAGAAACCAAAUACCAAGUUGUAUGAAAGUUAAUGAAGUUGAUCCUCUGAUCAGUUUUUUUGUGCUUAAAUUACAAGCUGAAAGGUUUGUUUUUUUUAUUUCCAAUAAAAGGCAUAAGUUACAGCAAUAAUUUAAAUAAUAACAAAUAUAAAGGGUGAAAGAAGUUGCUUGUAAUCCUUGUUCUCUGUUGGUGAUGCAGACAGGAUUUGCUGCAACAUUAUACACAUAAGAGGUGUCGAUAACGGGCUAAAGCUUGCUUCUCUUUGACACAGAGCUCCGUCACUUAGAAAAGCAAAUCUUGUUUUUCCUUGGGCAGAAGAAAUAUUUUCAAGGCUUUUCAAAAGAAUUAAAUGCAUGGAUCAAACCCAGUGUGACCUGUUUUCAAAUUGAAAUCAGAGCUGCUGAACACUGUUGUGCUGUCAGUGUCUAUGGCAGCACCUGCCAUGAUGCCUGCCCCAAAUGUGUGGUCACACUUCAAGGCAACGGCUGCGUGUUGCUCUAGAAGAUAGCCAAAAUACCUCAGGGAUCAUGGUCUUCAGCAAGCUCUUUUUCCAAAAAAAAAAAAAAAAA